AUGACCUUGAACGCAGGAUUCCUCCAGCUGCCACAGGCGAUCAGUGAUACCGCUCAACAAAUCUGCGGACUCCAUAUCUUGGCUGCCGCCUUAUCCCUACCAGUGGUGUACCCUGGACCGAAGCUGACAGCGAUAACCCGUGUGUUGUAUUGCCACCACCUCGUUUCCGGCCGGCUAGUCUAUUACCUCCAUCAAGCACAUGAAAAGUACGGAGCAGUAGUGCGGGUCGCCCCCAACGAAGUUCUUUUCACCUCGAGCCAAGCAUGGAGCGACAUCUACGGCUCUCAGCAGGGUGAGCCUGAGAUGAGCAAAGACACACCAUUAUACCGAAAUUUUCGAGGACCUCAAACGAUUGCCGAAGCGGGCCACGACCUGCAUCGCCGGUAUCGACGUCUACUUUCAAAGGGGUUUUCAGGGGCUGCCCUGCGAGAGCAGGAGCAUAUCGUACAGCAGAAGAUCGAUGUGUUAAUGACACAGCUUCAUGCUGAGGUAGCAAACGGUGGUACACCGGAGAUGACAUCGUGGUUCAAAUUCUUCACAUUUGACCUAAUUGUACAGCUUACUUUUGGCGAAUCUUCUAAAUGUCUGGAGAACGCGCGGCUGCAUCCGUGGUUAACCAUGUUAUCCCCAUCUAUAAGGUUCAGAAUCUGGACUCAAGCAUUAGGAUACUAUCCAGUACUAUUGAAGCUCUUCUCGCGACUGAUCCCAAAGUCCUAUCAGGAAGCAUCCAUAGCCCAUCAGAAGCUGACGACUGAAAACGUUCAGCGUCGAAUAGAACGGACAGUCAGCUACACCGACCUAGUCUCGAAUCUAAUAGACCCGAAACACGACCUCGAAAGGUAUGACAUCGACGGCAACAGCUCCAUACUCAUUUUAGCCGGCAAUGAAACCACCACCACUGCCCUCAGCGCCACUACAUACUAUCUGACGCAAAACCCUGAAGUGAAGACGCAGGUCACCAAAAAGGUUCGAAGUACCUUCUCCAGCGCAGACCAAAUCACCGCGAUCAACGUCAAUCUGCUCAAGUUCCUCCCUGCGUGCUUCACCGAAGCUAUGCGGAUAUUCCCUCCCGCUCCCGCUGUAUUUUCCCGCCGUGUCCCAAACGAGGGGGCAUAUGUCGCAGGACAUUGGAUUCCGGGGGGCACGCACGUUGGUAUGUGCCGUUUUGCUACGAACAACUCGAGCAUCAACUUCAAGGACCCCCAGAAAUACGUCCCCGAGCGGUGGUUGGGUGAUCCUGAGUACGAAGAUGAUGAUCGCGCUGCCAUGCAGGCAUUCAGCGUCGGGCUGCGGAAUUGUAUUGGUCAGAACCUGGCGAAGUUGGAGCUGCGCCUUUUGCUGUCGCGUCUUAUAUGGGAGUUUGACUGGGAGUUGGACCCGGCCUCGACGGAUUGGGAUAAGGAUAUCCCGGCUUAUCUUGCUUGGGAUAUGAAGCCACUGAAGCUUCGUUUGACGCCUGUAGUUCGCUGA